AUGGUCGAUAAGCGGUCUCCAGCACCGCUUAUGAUGGGCAUGGGCGGUAUGGGUGGGGGCGGGAUUCCUGGACUCGGUAGCAUGGGUGGUGGUGGUGGAAUCUCCGGGCUGGGUGGUAUGGGCGGUGGUGGUUCAGGCAUGUCCGGGCUGGGCAGCAUGCUCGGCGGUGGUGGUGGUGUUGGUGAUUCCUCUGGUGCCAGCUCCGGCGGUGGUGGUGGUGAUAGCAACCCCGCCUCGCCGGCUUCCUCGUCCGGCUCCGCAGGCUGUGCACCGCUCUAUCUCAUCUUUGCCCGCGGAACAGGCGAGAUGCAAGGAACAUUCGGCAUUGUCGGACGACCGCUCUGCAACGGCCUGCAACAGCAAGUCUCGGGCACCCAAUGCUACGAUGUCGUGUACAGCUCGGACGCGGAAUACAUGUCUUCUCCGGGGACAGGCGCGCAAACGGCAUCGGCAUACAUGGCGAGCAUCGCCUCCCGGUGCCCUUCGACUAAAUUUGUGCUGGGUGGAUACUCGAAGGGCGCGAUGGUGGUGCACUCGAUCAAGGGUCAGCACAUUGUGGGAGCCGUGACGUUUGGCGAUCCGCUCAAGGGACAGGCGGUGCCGUCGACCAAGAACUGGAAGUGCUUCUGUGCGAUGGGCGACCCGGUGUGCGAGAAUGGGUUCAAUUUUAUGGCACAUGUUUCAUAUGGGACGCAGGACGUGGGACAAGGGGUGCAGUUCUUGGUUCAGGCGUACAGAUCGUCCUGUAGCGGCGGUGGCGCUGGUGGCGACGGCGUCGGGGGUGCUGCAGAAGCUACUGGACGUGGUGCUGCUGGACAGGGAGGAGAAACGUCCGCAGGUGCAGGGGCAGCCGGCACUGGUGGUUCAGCAGGCUCUGAAUCAGGUGGUCUCGGCAGUCUGGGCGGCAUUGGCGGCGGUAUGGGUGGCCUCAGCGGUCUCAGCGGGCUGGGUGGUCUCGGAGGAGGAGGCCUAGGCGGUGGUGGCCUUGGAGGUCAUGGCGGUCUCGGUGGUGGUAGCCUCCUGAACAAAUUCGGAGGAGGAGAACCAGGAGGAAUGGGUGGCCUCGGGGGUCUGGGACAAGGCAUGGGCGGCCUGUCGAGCUUCGGACUCAAGAAACGCUCCAAACGUGGCCCGUCUUCACACUCUGACGGUCACCAUGGUCACCACCACCACUACCACCGUCAUGACCAUGCUCAGCAACACGCUGCAGCCGCUUUUGAACCGUCUUCGCUGUGA